CUGUCAGUGAGAGCUUGGUCUGAUCAGGUUGGCCGGGCUUGUGUGUGUCUGUGUGUGUGUGAAAGAGACAGAUACCGCGCAGAGCUGUCCCUUUACCCUGUCUCCAGGCGCUGGCUCAGUGUCUCGCCAGUAAACUUUGAGAACGACUGACUCCCCCUCUACUUCUCUCUCUCUCUCUCUCUGUUGGAGUUUGUUUCGGAACUGGCCAUGGCAAAACGCAGUUCCUUAUUCCUGCGGAUCGUUGAAGGAAAGAACCUACCGGCCAAAGAUCUGACAGGAAGCAGUGAUCCAUACUGCAUUGUACGAAUUGACAAUGAGACAAUUAUCAGAACUGCAACAAUAUGGAAGACACUGUCUCCAUUCUGGGGAGAAGAGUACAAUGUCCAUCUUCCCAGUACCUUCCACUCCAUUUCCUUCUAUGUGAUGGAUGAGGAUGCAAUCAGCCGCGAUGAUGUCAUUGGAAAAGUUGCUAUAGCGAAGGACAUUCUUACUGCCAACCCUAAAGGUGUAGACAGCUGGAUGUGUCUGAGUGAAAUUGACCCAGAUGAGGAGGUCCAAGGGGAGAUCCACCUUCGUAUCGAGGUCUGCGGAGAGAGCUCAAUGCGAAAGCUGCGUUGCCAUGUGUUUGAAGCAAGAGACCUGGCUCGAAAAGAUCUAAAUGGAGCAUCGGAUCCCUUUGUCAGAGUGCAAUACAAUGGAAAAACUCAAGAGAGCUCUGUUGUGAAGAAGUCCUGUUACCCCCGCUGGAAUGAAGUAUUUGAGUUUGUCCUGGAUGACACAGGGGCAGAGAACACACUGCAUGUGGAGGUGUGGGACUGGGACUUGGUCAGCAAAAAUGAUUUCCUGGGAAAGGUAGGUACCACCUUGGUCAAUACCUGGCUCACAGCUUCUUACUUUAGCACAGUUACAUUUCAGAUCAUUAACCAAACAGAAACAGUGCGUAAGUUUUUCGCAGCUUCUGACGCGAGGUUUCAACCAGAGCUCCCUCAAAAAUAUGAAGCCAUGCUUCCAUUCGGACAGUUCUUCUGUAGUGAGUGUUGGGUGAGGACAAACAAGGCAGCCACUUUGACAGCUACUGUUACACAGUCAGACAGUAAUGGAAGGCCUGGAUCCUGCAUUAAUGCUACCCCACACCCGUUCCCCCACCCUGGCUCAGCUUCAAUCCAAUUUAUCGAGGAAAAUCUAGGGUCACUGAGGCUGCAACUGCGGUUACGAGAUGAGAGUGUUCUCCCUUCCAGUUACUACCAGCCCCUCAUGGAACUGCUCCUGCAGUCAGUCAAAGCAACCAACAAUGGUGAAAAAGGGAAUCUGUUGGCCCUGAUCGAUGAGGUCACCACUGCUGAAAACAGACAAGAGGUCGCAACCAAUUUGGUGAAACUUUUCCUGGGACAAGGGCUGGCCAAGGAGUUCUUAGACUUCGUCAUGAAUUUGGAAUUGGAUAGAACAACGGAACCAAAUACUUUGUUCCGCAAUAAUUCGCUAGCUUCCAAAUCCAUGGAAUGCUUUUUAAAGGUAGCUGGGAUGCAAUAUUUACACAACAUCCUUGGACCGACCAUCAGCCGGGUGUUUGAAGAGAGGAAGUAUGUGGAGCUGGAUCCAAAUAAAGUGGAAUUCAGGGAAGCAGGUUGUUCAGGUCUCCAUCGGUGCCACACUGAGGCAGAUAUCAUUCAGCAGAGUGCACAGUGUCUACAGUCCUACCUGACAGAGUUAAUUGAAGCCAUUGUGAAUUCAGUGGAGCAGUGUCCUUCCUUGAUCAGAGCAACCUUCAAACAGCUCUUUAGUAGUGUGGAGGAGAGAUUCCCUCAGGAUCUCUACAGGAACAUCAAGUAUAUCGCAGUUACCAGCUUUCUGUGUUUGCGGUUCUUCUCACCGGCCAUUAUGUCUCCCAAACUUUUCUACCUACGCCCAAAGCAUGCAGAUGCACGGACCAGCAGAACAUUACUGCUCCUCGCCAAGGCAAUCCAAAGCAUUGGCAACAUGGAUACCAACCUAGCUCGGGAGAAGGAAAUUUGGAUGGCACCACUGCAGCCCCUUAUUCUCCAAGGAGUCACACUGUUUAAAGAUUUCAUUGUCAAGCUAAUUGACUUUGAGGAGGAAGAAGAGUUGGAAUCCCAGAAACGAGUGACACUGCAGACAACAUCCACCAUUAAGGAAGGAUAUUUAUUGAUGCACCGAGCCAAGGAGCGGGGGAUCCUAACAUCAUCACAUUUCAAAAAACAUUACUUUUGCUUAAACUAUGAGGCACUGUGUCAUUCUAAAAUGUCCAAUGCAAAGACCAGUGCCUGCAUUCCACUGUCCAAGAUCAGAGCAAUUGAGAAAGUUGACGAGAAGUGUUUUGGUAGCGCAUACGUUAUGCAGAUCAUUUCGACUGACGGCAGGGGACAAUUUGAAAUCAUGUAUUUGCAGUGUAAGAAUGUGAAUGAGCUGAACCAGUGGCUGUCUUCAUUGAGGAAGCACUGUGUUAGCAACGAGCAAAUGCUGAACUCAUACCAUCCUGGAGUGUUUAAAGGGGAGAGGUGGAGCUGCUGCCACCAAAAGGAGAAAGCUGCUCCGGGAUGUGACAAGACCCAUUUUGGAGUGACUCUUCAGGAGUGGAACGAUCCACUUAAUCCUGAUCUCGAAUCCCAUCUGAUCUAUAGGCAGCUGCUGUCAACCCGGGAUUUAUUAAUGGAAAAGUAUCUGGAAUACAAAGUGAAGAACAAUGUCACUGGUCCAGGGAGUACUGAUGAAGGUAUGUCACACCGAAAACACAUUGUCUAUGUGUGCUAAUGGCUAAGAGCUGGACAAUCUAUAUUGAGAAGGACAGUAUUGCCCUGUCACAUGUGGGUGCCCUAAAUGGUCUCUUAUGUUUUUAUUUAUAACCUUUAUUUAUUAGUAAUCAACCUUUCAUACAUUUCCCCACUUCCUUCACCCACCACUGGUGGCUCAUUUGGAUCCCAGGUUCUGGAAUAACCUCCCUAAACAUUCUGCCUUUCGACUGACAGAGGAGAUUGUUCUCUAUUGCUACCAUAUUCCAUUCCAGCACUUCUCACACUGAACCAGGCUCUGUGUGACGAUGCUCUGGGCAGUUAGCUCCUUGACCGUGUAGGCUUUGCCUCAUCUGCAGAAACAGCAAACACUAUGUGCUUUGUUGGAUAAAGGUCAAAGGCUGAGGUUUCUCCUGUUACCACACCUGAGGUUCCCUUACCUGUCUGACUCACAGUUCACACAGAGCCCUCACUGGCGUGGAGUGAAGAACAGAGGGACAUGUGGAAUUUCAUAAGUUUUGAAUUCCUAGAAAAUGAUGUGUUUCAAACAAAGCAUUAGGUUAAGUUAAAAAUUGGUGGGUCAUGAGAUGGGUGCCGGGACAGCAAAUGUAGUAAUGGGACAUCCUGCUCAUAACCAUCAAGAGCAUUACGUGGCUCUGUUUCUUUGUGGUAUGCUCCUGUAGACCACCUCACACACGCUAAUGAGCAGCCUAAUGCCUGUGUA